AUGGUCCGCAUCGCUGCCCCCGCCGUCUUCCUCCUCUCUGUCGUCUCGGCCACCUUCGCGAGCCCAUUGAAGCGCGCCGUCGCUGAUGUCCUUGAGGAUAUCGCCGACAUCUCCGCUCGCGUCACCAACCUCGACAACCUCAUCACCGCGUACCCCUUGACUGGCGGUACCCUCCUCGCUGCUCUUAAUAUCCACAACAGCGCCGUCGCUCUCAUCACUUCUCUCCAGAGCGCGACCGAGGAGCGCAUUGCUACCGGCCCCGUUGGCGUCGAAGACGGCACCACCAUUCUCAACGCCGUUGCCGCCACCGAGCCCACCAUCCAGCAUGCUUUGGUCGAGAUCGUCGUCAAGAGGCCCGCGUUCCAGGCUCUUCCCAUUGGUGGUCUCCCCGCUCUCAUCCUCCAGGACUUGAACAACCUCAAGACCAGCACCGCCGCCUUCUCCAACUCCCUCAUCGACAACGGCCCCGCUGAACUCGAAGCCGACGGUAUCGCCCUCCGUGACGGUAUCCUCGCCGGCUUCGACACCGCCAUCGCCGCCUACUCUUAA